AUGGCAGAUCGUAGGGCUACAGAGAUUGAGCUUGAUACCAUGGAGGGUUUUGCGUCAAGGGAAAAGCUCCACCAUCAUCUCAACGACCAAGGUUGGUUAGGGUUUCUGUUUUUUUUUUAUGUUUUAUUUCCAUUCCUUCACCAUAUCCAAGAACUCGACUUCAAUGGACAUGCUGUCAUGUCUGCAUUGAUUGCUCCUGAAAGAUCCGUGAAAUUUCACGGGAGUUUAGUAGCUCAGUUGUUGUUAAAAGACGAAAAUCUCCCCAUGAAUGAUUUUGUUUCUGAUUGGAGUUCUACCCUUCUUACAACCGUUUCUCAAGCAAGCAAACCCGAUGAUAUCUCUUUAACUCGUGUGGCUUUAUCUGAAUUUUUACUAUCUCUCGAGAGGUACCCUGGUGCUCAAAGGGUAGUUAUGGAAAAAGGUCUUCAUUUAAUGAGGGAGACUGCUAAAAGGACUAUGAAUCAUAAGUCUGUUCAAGAAUCAUUAGCAAAAGGGUUGGAAUCACUUUGUUCAGGGGACAUGCGUUUGUCUCUUGAAGAAGGACAAAAAUGGUCUUGCAUUCUGCUUCCAUGGGUAUUUAGGGAAACUUCAUCUGAUGCUAUUAGAUCUUCUGCAAUGACAAUCCUUUCUCGUAUCUGUGAAGAUUAUGGGCCUUCUUCCAUUCCCAUUUCCCAAGGUUGGUUAGCUAUUAUGCUUUCAGACAUUCUCAAAUCCAGAAAGUUAUCUCUUAAAGGGAGUGCUCAACCUAGGGACAAAGUCAAGACACAAAUCGAUCAGGCAAAUGUACUUUCUGGUACCCAAAGUGUGAACCAAUUGGCUAGUGUUGUGGUCAACUUAGCAGUCAAUGGUGAUUCAUUUGCUUUGGAAGAUUUUCUUACCCUUGAACCAUUUAUUAACACAUACAAAAAUCUAAAGAAAGGAAAUAUCCCUAAAGUGAAUGCUUUAGAUUCUGCACUUGCAACUUUAAAGGGUAUCAAAGCAAUGACAGUGUUUUCACGUGUGUGA